UAUUAAAAUUUUAAAUAUUUCUCAUGUCGGUGUAAUAAUAGUUCAAUGAUGUGGCCACAAAAGAGACACACUCGCAAGACAUGUGUUCAAAUCUUGUCCUCAUGCAAGGAUCAUAUGAGCCGAAAUAUUCACUCAUACUCAAAAACCCAAUCUUCACAUUCUCGUACUAUCGUCAAUUCGUCAUCUCCCCCAAAAAAAAAUCAAUGGCUGAGGAGUUUCAUCUUCCUUUAAACCUCACCGAAACAGAUCAAAUUCCGACCGAAGAAGACUUCGAAGCAGACACUACUUUCAUCGACGACGAAUACCUCCGUUACCUCCACUACUUGGAUUCACGGAGCAAUCAUGGAGUCAACACGUUUGGAUCGUACGACGAAAUCUUCGGUUUAGUUCUCGGUAAUUCAUCUUCGAUUCAGCGUCUUAACGCGGCUGAGGAACUUCCGGUGGUUGAGUUUACGGCUGAGGAAAUGAUGGAGAGAGGUUUGGUGGUCUGUGCUAUAUGUAGAGAGGAGCUCGCUGCUAAUGAUAGACUCUCUGAGCUUCCUUGUCGGCAUUAUUACCAUAAAAAUUGUAUCUCGAAUUGGUUGAGUAAUCGGAACACGUGUCCGCUUUGUCGUCAUAUCGUGGAAUUACCUAAAGCCAUUUGAGAUUGUGCAUGUAUAGUUUUGUUACUAUCCCGACGACCCAUGUCUGGAGCCUAAGAGUUUUUUUUGGAACUUGGAUAGGGCUGGAGUUUCUCUGUACAGUUGGACGAGAUUAAUGGUGUUGGGCUUUGUACUCGAUAUUCAGCCCGGAUAAGGCCCAUUGACGAUUUCAGAGGCAAAGUCAUCAAGCCCAAUGCCUACUUCAAAGAUGGAAUUAGAGAGGGAAACAAAAUAUCUUAAAUUUUGGAUUCCUUCAUCUACUUGUUAUUUUUCUCUCUCAGCUUGAGUUUGUUAUCAAUUCAACCUUCUUGUACGACAACUUCAAUAAAUAAAUAAAUAAAAGAUAAUUUCCGUUACU